UCCACUUACACUUUUCUCCCUCUUCUAUACUUUUAUCUCGCUUUGUCGCCAUUAUUCAAACUUCCGCUGCAAGAUUCAUCCCUCAAUCAACAAAACCGCUCACUGAUUCUCCUCCAUCUUUACACUUUCAAAGAUCUUCGCCAGAUUCUCACUCUCCAUCUACCGCCUCCAAUUCAAGUUCCGCAUUCUGAUGGUUUUCUCCCUCUCCAGCUUCCUAGGGCAUUGUGUCAUCUAUCGUAUUUGAGUUGCCGAUGGAAAUUGAUUAUUCCGGCAAAGCGUUUUUAGGUGUUCAGUUCGUUCUCUUUGGAUUCAAUAACGUCGAUGAGAAACAGGUUCGGUCUAAGCUAAUCGAUGGCGGCGGGGUUGAUGUUGGUCAGUAUGGUCCGAGUUGCACUCAUGUGAUCGUGGACAAGAAUAAGAUUGUUCAUGACGAUCCGGUUUGUGUUGCUGCUCGAAAUGAUGGCAAGUUGCUUGUCACGGGCUUAUGGGUUGAUCAUAGAUAUGAUUCUGGGUUGCUUGCAGAUGCUACUUCGGUAUUGUACAGACCGUUAAGAGAACUGAGUGGUAUCCCAGGGGCUAAAAGUUUGAUCAUGUGCUUGACUGGGUACCAACGACAGGAUAGAGAUGAUGUUAUGACAAUGGUUGGCUUGAUGGGUGCUCAAUUCUCUAAGCCAUUGGUGGCAAACAAGGUUACCCACCUCAUAUGUUACAAAUUUGAAGGGGAUAAAUAUGAGCUUGCUAAAAAACUGAGGACCAUAAAGCUUGUCAAUCAUCGUUGGCUGGAAGACAGCUUGAGAGAAUGGAUGCUACUUCCAGAAUCAAAUUACAACAUAAGUGGAUAUGACAUGGAGAUGCUUGAAGCUGAGGCGAAGGAUUCUGAAGAGGAAUCUAACAGUAGCAUCACCAAACAUUUUGCAAGGAGAAGCACUAAGAGUCCUGAUAACAUGAAAUUUGGUUUGCAUUCAACCAGUGAAAUAUCUAAUACACUGCCAGCUUCAAAGCCAAUGGAUGGCCGCACAAACUUUGCUGAAACUAAGAGCAUGUUGACGGUUCCUACUACCAACACUAAAUAUAGUCCUUCUGGAAAGUUUGAUAGGCAUGAUGCUGUCAGGGGACCUAUUUGUCAGGAAGAUGAUGUUUUUAGUACUCCUUGGGGUUCUGUGCCAUCUGAUAUGCAUACGAAAACUUCUGAAUCUGAGAAGCAGAAAGUGAAAAAUGAGGCAGUGACAAGUCCAUCAAAUUCAGCAAGGUCUCCGCGGCUGUGUGCUACCAGUUACUCUAGGAGAACCCCAUUGAAGUCGCCACUUCCACUGUUUUCUGGAGAAAGAUUGGACAGAGCUGAUGUCUCAUGUGAAAUGGGAACAGGUGAAAUGAAAGAUACUAUUGAUGUCGAUGUAUCUUUAGAAAAGAUGGAGCAAGUAACGUAUGCCACUUUCUCUGGCCAUGAACCAAAUUCUCCAAGGGGAACUGAUUUAUUUCGUACAGGAGAUUCAAAUGCUAGAUUGCCUUUGAAAAGCAUUUCAGACGUAUCUUAUGACGUCUCUCAAUCUCAUUCAAUGAGUGAGAUCACAAAAUCAUGCACCUUGAAUAACCCCUCCAUGGACGAAAAAAUUUUAGGAUUGAAAAUGAGAAGUGUUUCUUUAAACAACAAUGAUUCUGGCGAGUGUCGUGCUGAGAACUUGCAGCAUAGUAGGGUUAUUACCAACAGCUCUAGUUCUAUUAAGAAACCAUUGAUGUCCGACCUACCUUUCAGCAACAGUGUUCGCACUCCAACUGCAGAUGUUGCUGAGAGCAGUAAGAAGACUCCUCAAACACCCUGCCAGAUAUCAGGAAAAGACACGUCACCUGACAAGUCUGACAAGCUAAAUCAUGUUUAUGGGAUUUCUAGAGAUGUGGUUGGAAAAACUAAAGAAACAGAUAGGCAGCAGAAUGAUGUUCUGGCUACAUCUGAAAGUGAUAGAGGUACAGAGGCUAUGAAAUCAGCCUUGCCGACUAAUUUGAAUUCUUCUGUUGUUCAAAGUAAUAACUUGCAUUCCAAACAACAAAGAAUUAAGAUGUUUGCCAAAAAGAGCUUGGGUUCUAGACCGAAGUUGGGCAGUGCCAGUCGAAGGGCUUCUGUUCUCUCGAAUGAAACCACUUCUUUGAAUGAUUCGGUUUCAUCUUGUGGGAAUGGUGAAAAACUCUUAAGCUCAUCACCUCAAAAUGUCAGUAUUGGAGUGAAAAAGGUUUUGGAGACAAUAGAUAUGGGGGAUUUUUCUCAUAAAUAUGAAGCCAUGGAUGUGGAUGACAAAAUUACUGAUCCAGGAAAUCCAGAAAAUAAAGAAGCAGAUUUUGAGCAGCAAAAAAUGGAUAAGGAGAAUUUUAAGGAAGUUCAGCUAAUAAGUGAUGAGGAUAAGCUAGCAAAAGAGACUGCAUCUGGAGUGAAAUGUAACAAUAGUGCUAGUGUGCUUGAUGAUACUAUUCCUUCAGGUACACUAAAAGAAGUGAUUGAACCCAGAGAACCUGUUUCCAUCAAGAAUGUACAACGUGAUGAAUUAAGAGUAGAAGAUGAGAAAUCAAAACUGAAUGUGGGGGAUAGUGGUCCAACGGGAGCAACAAUGUCGUUAAACUCUUCUAAAAUGAAAUCUAAACUAGGCAAGGUUGGUAAAGCACCCCCCCAUAAGAAAAAUAGGAAGACUGGGAAGAAAUCUCAGUUGGUUGCUGCAGGACCUAAUGCUGAAGUCCAUACCAUACCCGAUUAUAAGUCAGAGAAGGAAAAUGUACCAUGUGAUGUUGGUGACAAAACCAGUGAUCUUGUCAAGCAUUGUUUAGAUAAAACUAGGGUCAAAUCUAAUACAAGGCAAAGAAAGGCCAAUAAAAAAUGUUCAGAGAUCAGUGCCAAUUCUUCCAUGGAAGUUGAUGAAGUUUUGAGAGAAGUGAAGCCUGAACCUGUAUGUUUUAUCUUGAGUGGACAUCGUCUUGAAAGGAAGGAGUUUCAGAAAGUAAUCAAGCAUUUGAAAGGAAGGGUUUGCAGAGAUUCUCAUCAAUGGUCAUAUCAGGCUACACAUUUCAUAGCCCCCGAUCCAGUCCGUAGAACUGAGAAGUUCUUUUCUGCUGCAGCAUCUGGAAGGUGGAUUCUCAAAUCUGAUUAUCUAACAGAUAGUAGUCAGGCUGGAAAGCUCUUGAAGGAAGAGCCUUAUGAAUGGUACAAAAAUGGCCUCACUGAAGACGGUGCAAUCAAUUUGGAAGCUCCUAGGAAAUGGCGGCUCUUGAGGGAGAAAACUGGUCAUGGUGCCUUCUAUGGAAUGCGUAUUAUCAUAUAUGGGGAAUGUAUUGCUCCACCUCUGGAUACUCUCAAGCGAGCUAUUAAAGCUGGAGAUGGGACAAUACUAGCUACAUCUCCACCUUAUACUAAAUUCCUUAGGUCUGGAGUUGAUUUUGCUGUUAUUGGCCCUGGCAUGCCACGUGCUGAUACGUGGGUCCAAGAGUUUUUAAACGAUGAGAUACCAUGUGUAGCGGCUGAUUACUUGGUUGAGUAUGUAUGCAAACCUGGUUAUCCUCUGGAUAAACAUGUUUUGUACAAUACUCAUGCAUGGGCGGAAAGAUCUUUUAGCAACCUUCAGAGUAGAGCAGAAGAAGUUGCUGAAGACGCAAGCUCACAGGAUGAUUGUUCUGAUGAAGAUAUAGCCUGCCAAGAGUGCGGGUCUCGCGAUAGAGGUGAAGUGAUGCUCAUUUGUGGCAAUGAAGAUGGUUCAAAUGGUUGUGGAAUUGGUAUGCAUACAGAUUGCUGCAAUCCUCCAUUACUGGAUAUUCCAGAGGGUGAUUGGUUUUGUUCAGAUUGUAUUAGUAGUAGAAACAGCAACUCUCCAAAUAAAAGGAAAAAGGGAGUCUUAGUUAAGAGGAAAUGACAUUAGAUUUUGCUUAAUAAUUUUAGUUAUUUUGGUCUAAA